AUGAAGGUGUGGUCUAAGGUUUCUUCAUUGGUGCAGAAUCAGACAUCCACGUUCCAUGCUACAAGCUUCUUAUCAAGCACCCCAGACAACUACCUUCUCACUAAGUGCAUUGCUCUUUUGCAAUCUUGUGCCUCUUCCAAACACAAGCUAAGGCAAAUCCAUGCAUUUUCCAUUAGGCAUGGUGUUUCACUGCACCACCCUGACAUGGCCAAGCAUCUUAUCUUCACUAUUGUGUCCCUCUCUGAACCCAUGUCCUAUGCUUACAAUGUAUUCACCAUGAUACAUAACCCUAACGUCUUCACGUGGAACACCAUGAUCAGGGGCUAUGCUGAAAGUCAAAAUCCGAACCCUGCACUUCAUUUCUAUCGCCAAAUGAUAGUGUCUCGUGUAGAACCUGACACACAUACUUAUCCUUUUCUUUUGAAGGCUAUUUCCAAGUCAUUGAAUGUUAGAGAGGGGGAGGCAAUACAUUCAGUCACGAUAAGAAAUGGGUUUGAGUCGCUGGUUUUUGUUCAGAACAGUUUGCUGCAUAUAUAUUCGGCUUGUGGUGACACUGAUAGUGCAUACAAGGUGUUUGAGUUAAUGAAGGAAAGAGACCUCGUUGCUUGGAAUUCUGUGAUUAAUGGGUUUGCUCUAAAUGGAAGGCCCAAUGAAGCUUUGACUCUCUUUAGGGGAAUGAGUGUGGAGGGCGUGGAGCCAGAUGGGUUCACUGUGGUUAGCUUGUUUUCUGCUUGUGCUGAGCUUGGAGCUCUUGAGCUAGGACGUAGGGUCCAUGUGUACCUGUUGAAGGUCGGGUUAAGAGAAAACUCGUAUGUUACUAAUUCAUUGUUGGAUUUGUAUGCAAAAUGUGGGGCCAUCAGGGAGGCCCAACUAGUGUUCAGUGAGAUGAGUGAAAGGAAUGCAGUUUCUUGGACGUCAUUGAUUGUUGGCUUGGCUGUUAACGGGUUUGGUGAGGAAGCACUUGAGCUUUUCAAAGAGAUGGAGGGACAAAGAUUAGUGCCUAGUGAGAUCACUUUUGUUGGUGUCUUGUAUGCUUGCAGCCAUUGCGGGAUGUUAGAUGAAGGGUUUGAAUACUUUAGAAGAAUGAAAGAGGAAUAUGGUAUCAUGCCUAGGAUAGAACACUAUGGCUGCAUGGUGGAUCUGUUGAGCAGGGCGGGUUUAGUGAAACAAGCAUAUGAGUAUAUUCAGAACAUGCCAGUGAAGCCAAAUGCAGUUAUUUGGAGGACCUUAUUAGGGGCAUGUACAAUACAUGGACAUUUGCGUCUGGGAGAGAUAGCAAGAUCCCACAUAUUGAAGUUAGAGCCUAAACAUAGUGGGGACUAUGUGCUGCUUUCAAAUCUUUAUGCCUCUGAACGACGUUGGUCUGAUGUACAAGUAGUAAGGAGGUCAAUGCUAGAGGACGGCGUUAAGAAAACUCCUGGUUAUAGUCUCGUUGAGUUGGGUAACCGUGUUUAUGAAUUUACUAUGGGAGAUAGGUCUCAUCCUCAAAGUCAAGAUGUAUAUGCACUACUAGAGAAGAUUACAGAAUUGUUGAAGCUAGAAGGUUAUGUUCCUCAUACUGCAAAUGUGCUUGCAGACAUAGAGGAAGAGGAGAAGGAACAGGCAUUGUCUUAUCAUAGUGAAAAAGUUGCUGUUGCUUUUAUGCUCUUAAAUACAGCGCCCGGGUCUCCAAUCAGGGUUGUGAAGAAUUUAAGAGUUUGUGCAGAUUGUCAUAUGGCCAUCAAACUCGUAUCAAAGAUUUAUGAUAGAGAGAUAGUUAUCAGGGAUCGCAGUAGGUUUCACCAUUUUAGAGGCGGUUCAUGUUCCUGUAAAGAUUACUGGUAA